AUGGUCGAUUUCAGGCUUUCCGCGCAGCUCGUAGGGCAUGAAGCCGACGUCCGCGCGGCGGCGUUCGUCUCUCCCGACACCGUUGUCACCGCCUCUCGCGACUGCAGCGUCCGGCUCUGGCGUCGCUCACAAGACGCAAAUGCUUCGUUCGAGGGCUCACUCAUGAGCCGGGGCUCAGAAUACGUCAACGCCGUUGCCUUUUGUCCCCCCACGGCCGAGCACCCCGAUGGCCUCGUCGUUUCGGGCGGCAAGGACACGAUCAUCGAAGUCAGGAACCCCCGCCAGCAGGCGAGCGACCACGCCGAGCGUCUGCUCAUCGGCCACGCCCACAAUGUCUGUGCCCUGGACGUCGCCCACGAUGGAAAGUUUCUAGUUUCGGGCGGCUGGGACGGCCAGGCGCGCGUCUGGAACCUGACCAACUGGGAAACUGAGCUAACGCUGAGCGGGCAUGACGGCGUGGCGGUGUGGGCGGUACUGGCGCUGGACGAGAAGACUGUGGUGACGGGCUGUGCUGACAAGAAUAUCCGCGUCUUUGACCUGACCAAAGGCAAAGCUGGCGAGGUGGACGCUUCGACGACCAUACACACACCUGAUGUGGUGCGCGCAUUGUGUCGCGUGCCAUCUUCACACCCAAGCGGCGCCGAUAUCGCGAGCGCGAGCAACGAUGGGACAAUUCGAUUGUGGAAGCUCAAUGGUCAGCAGAUUGGCGAGCUCCACGGCCACGAGAGCUUUGUCUACUCGCUUGUGAGUCUACCCACGGGCGAGCUUGUCAGCUCCGGAGAGGACCGCACUGUGCGUGUAUGGAAGGGGCUCGAGUGCACGCAAACCAUUACACACCCUGCCAUUUCUGUCUGGACUGUCGCUGCCCACCCCGGUACUGGCGACAUUGUGUCCGGCGCCAGCGAUGGUGUCGCGCGCGUCUUCACACGCCAGCCUGAGCGAGUUGCCGACAAGGAAACACUUAAAGAAUUCGAAGACUCUGUCAAGGCAUCUUCUAUUCCCCAACAGCAGGUUGGCGGCAUCAACAAGGAGAAGCUGCCCGGCCCGGAAUUUCUGCAGAGCAAGUCUGGCACAAAGGAGGGCCAGGUACAGAUGAUCAAAGAGGACAAUGGUAGCGUGACGGCGCACACAUGGUCGACGAGCCAGCAACAAUGGCUCAAUGUCGGCACGGUAGUGGACGCGGUUGGGAGUACAGGCAAGAAGGUGGAGUACCAGGGCAAGUCAUACGACUUUGUGUUCGACGUGGACAUUGAAGACGGCAAGCCCCCGUUGAAGCUGCCAUACAACCUCUCUGAGAACCCUUACGAACGUGCUACAAAAUUCCUGAACGACAAUGAGCUUCCUCUGACGUACCUGGAUAAUGUGGCCAAUUUUAUCACGACAAAUACCAAAGGUGCCACGCUGGGCCAGACGGAGCAAAGCGGCGGCCCUGACCCAUACGGCACGGAGUCGAGAUACCGCCCAGGCGACGAAGACCAACAGCCUGCUUUGCUACCGCAAAAGGAAUAUCUUAGCAUUUCUGCUGCGAAAUACGAGGUCAUUUUCAAUAAAAUCUCGGGUGUCAACAAAACGAUGAUUUCCAGUGGUCGCAAGGACACAACCCUGAACCCGGGCGAGGAGUCUUCACUACAUGCUCUCCGGACGGCUCUCGAAUCGUCCAGCGCCAUCCCCAUCGAUGCCCUGCCUUCUCUGGUCAAAGUUGUGACGCAGUGGCCGUAUGGCGAUCGCCUGGCCGGCCUCGAUUUGCUUCGCUGCGUGGCACGCUUCCGCACAGUAGCCAACUACAAGGACGAUACGCACGGCACUCUGGUGGACCUCGCCAUUGCCGCCGCGCUCCCCAGUGGCGAGACUCCCAACGAAAACGCAGCCAUGAUGGGCGCCCGCACACUCGCUAACCUUUUUAGCACUACCGACGGGCGCAGUUUAGCCAACAGCCAUGUGGACACUGUGCUGUCAUUUCUGGAGCGCGUGACGGGUAUCCAGGGCGGCACGGGUAUCCAGGGCGGCGCGGCCAUCGGACCGCAUAACCGCAAUCUGCUGAUUGCCGCGACGACUACAACUAUCAACUUGGCCGUCCUGGUGAACAAGGAAAAGUUGCUGUCGCCCAACCAGAGGCGGCGACUGCUGCUGGUGAUUGGGGCGCUGCUCAAGGGACAGAGCGAUUCGGAGGUGCUCUAUCGAGGGCUGGUGGCGCUGGGUACUGUGGUGUCGACGUCUCAGGGCGAUGCGACGGCCGUGCCUGGAAUCAACGGGUGGAUUAACGAGGCAGCGGACAAGGCGUCUGAGGAUCGGGUCAAGACGGUGAUUGCCGAGUGCAAGAAGCUUGUCGCCUGA